AUGGAUGCAGCUGUGGUGAGUGAGGUGGGGCAGGUGCCCGCCCGCAGCAACAAGCGCUUCAAGGGCAUGAUCUUCAGCAAGAUUCAGCACCACUUGACGCACUACAAGAAGUACCGGCACUGGCGGUGGCAGGCCAAGCGCAGGCUGGCCGGCUGCGAGCAGGAAAAGUCGGAGCAGGUCGUACAGGAGCCCGAAAACGCCGAGCCGCUGGCGAAGCUGGGCGACGCGCUGACGGUGACGGCGCUGACGGGCAAGAUGAGCUACUACCGGCAGCUCCAGGGAAGCGUGAGCUCGUUGCUCAGUUCUGUGUCGCAACUAACGACGUCCACCCGGGCGCCAGAAUGCGACUUCACUGAGCAGUUCAUCACCUUACUCGUGAACACCUACCACGAGAUGUGUCUGGAUGCAACCGUCACACCGUUCGACAAGACUAACCCGCCAUCUGCUUUUCUCAACAAGGUAGCGCGUGCUGCGGUGGAGCGUUCUGAGCAGCAGAGCAUCGCCAUCGGACGUCCGCGCGAUAAAUGGUUGUUGACCUGCACGCGGAAGCGGCUUCUACAGGAAAUAAAGCGGGAGACCGAGGACGUUCCACAGGGGUCCGUGCGCUCGGUGGCCUGUUCCAUGAACCACGGCACCCUACAGCGCGAUCUAGGCUCCGCUUUUGCAGAGGAGGGCGAUUUCUUCUACUGGGAUCCGGACUUCGAACUGUUCCAAGGCAUCACGGCAAACCUUCUAACCGACACUGGAGACAUCUCGGGCAAAAAUAGCCCCAUGUCGUUUGGAUCUGGGGCAGAGAAAUCUAAUGAGAGCACAAGCGAGGAUAAAAAUAACUCCAAGAUCAGUGGAUUCGGCAGUUCCAUGGGCAAGGGCGAAACCUCCAGCAUAUCCGAAACUGGAAGUAACCAGACGCACCCCCGGCAGCCAGCAGCGUCUCCGACCUCUGAGCUCGACAACUGUCCCGGUAAACUUCAAAACAAAAUUGAGCAUCACACCAACAGAUCUGUUUCGUGCCCUAUUAGUCCUGUGUCGUAUGUGACAUCGAGGACUUGCUCCAACUGUGCACUGUCCAUUGCCGCGCCCUUCAUGGUCCCCUCGAAUCCCCCAAGGCCGUUGCCUCGUGACCCAAUUAAGGCCCUGCCAGACUUCACAGCCACCCUCCAGGAAAGCAUGAGGGCGUGCGAUGCCUUGGCAUCCAAACUAGAUGUCCUGGGCGAGUCGUUUCUGGCAACCGGUCCAAACCCUGUUUGCUGA